AUGAGCAGCACGGGGAUGGACACAAGCGACUUCGAGGCUUCAGACGAGCUUCCUGCAGACUCGACCUGGGAGCGAUUCACGGUGGUCGAUGUCGAGGAUGGCUCCAUCGCUUUGCAUAGUGGUGUCCACAAUCGCAUCUUGGCAGCUCUAUGUUCUGAAACUUCUUGGUAUCCGCCAACAAGGAAUGCAACAGAGCUGCCGGCGGCCCUUGAGCGCUUCCGCGUGGUGCAGGUCAGGCCCUUCCUGGAGCCCGGUUCCGUAGUAGCCUUGCAUAGCACACGCUGGAAUCGCUUCCUGCGCAUGAACAGUCAGGCCGUGGACUCAUCUUCGUUUGUGGAGGUUUCAGACGCGCUUCCGGAUUCUUGGACCUGGGAGCGCUUCACCGUGGUCGAUGCUGGGCAUGGGAAGAUCGCGCUCCACAACUCUGUGCACAACCGCUUUGCAACUUGGCUUUGGGGUGGCUGUGCGGUGACGAUGAACGGCGCGGACAUGGAGACCAGUGUCCCGAUGGCCAGCAGCGACGUCCCUGCCAAUGCUACCGGCGAGGCUUUCGCGGUGAGAUAUUUCCCAACUGGGGAGAUUGCCUUGCACAACACCUUCUUCAACCGCUACGUCCGCAUGACAGAGCUGGUAGUGGAUGGCAGCGACCAGGUCGAGGAGCAGGACUUGCUUGAUGUAGUUCCCGAGCAGAGCUUCAAAAUCGUGACGGUCGCUGAAGUCUCCGAAGCCGUCACCCAGGUGAUUGGGUUUUGUCUUCUGGGGCCUCUCGCGGUUGGCGGGGUCUUUGGUGUCCGUUUGGUCUUCAAAGAGGCCCUCUUCCUUCGACCUCCUGCCUUUGCUCCUGUGGCUGCUGUUGCCCUGCCUCGGGCCUUCCAGCCGAAUCCCGAACAUAAGCACGACGAGUGCCGGGCCCCGCCGAGCUUCCCUAGUGGUUCAAACAGGGCUUGGAACAGCCGGGCGCGUGCUAUGCGGCGAAAGGGACGUGGUGGAGCCGACUCCCGAUAUCUCGAUCAAGAGCAGGAUCUACGUGGUUCUGCGGUGUACAGCUCCUUCAGCACUUUCAAGGCUGACAUGGGCCAGCUACUCCCAGGACUACCCUUCACAGUAAAGAUGGAUUUGGACGAGCUGACUUUUGCAUCAAGCGGGUUCUUUGCGCACUGGUGCUGCGGAGGGAUGAUGGCCUCCUGGUGGCCCUGCCUUCGGGAAGAGGGCGAGGAUGGCUCCGAGAGGUCCACGGGCGAGACCAUCUCGGUGCUCCUUGGUAGACCUCGACGUCUCUGGUUUGCAGCACACGAAUGGGGGCAGUUGCUCCCUUUCUCUUGCGUGGAGCUGUCUCCGAACCGUCGAAGCGGACCGGUUGGGCUUUUACACCGCGAGGACGAGGCAGAGGUUCUGGAGGAGGAGGCGCCGGAGCUGGAGGAAGCUCCCCCAGUCCUCUUUACCCGGCCCUGUGAAACCCAAAAAAACGCAGCUAACAACUCAAAUAACCUGACUGGCAAAGUGGAGGGAUCCCUCGACCUCCUGUCGCUGCUUCUUGUGGCUCUGCAACAGGCCACUCAGGACGGUGGAAAGUGGGACGUGGCCUUCGCGUUGUCCUUGUUCCUCAACGUGCCGCUGCAGCUUUUUCAGAAUCGAAGUUCUGCGCGCAAUCCCAGAUUGCGUGCUUGGGCACCACCAUGCCGAAUUCACACGAUGCAAGCACUGCCUCUUUUUCUUCUGAUGCCGCCGGCUCAGCGCAAGGACCAAAAAAAGCUGCUGCUCCAGCCCGUGCUCGACCACUUUGCUGCGUUCCUGGGUUCCCUUUUGCACUUUUUUUUCUGGGUCGAGAAAGAGGACUUCUAUCAUCAAUUGCGAAUGCGGCCCCGCAGAGGCGGGCUCUGUGCUUCUGAAAAGCCCUCCGAGCUCUACCUUGCAUUUGGAGCCAUCACGCAGGGGUCGAGCUCGCCACAAGUCACAAGCGGAAAGGAGAGCCUUGUCGACGGCCUUGUCAUCGAUGACUACUACGCAAUUUCCUGUUCCUCGGUUUCAAGCUCUGUUGCUCCUUUGGCGCUGAUGGCCAUCCAUAAUCCCAGGAUGGACUUCGGCUCUCAUGUUUCGGACACCUCGUGUCAGUGCUUCAGCGUGCAUAUGGCCUUGUUGAUGCCUCCACCCACUGUCACUCCGGCCUCCUCUGCCCUCUGUCUCCUCCUCCGUGCCGUUGCUGCCGAUGAAUUGGUUUUGCUUGCGGCCUUGUGCCGUCUUAUCAAGUGUGACGUUUCUGCCCAUUGGCAGGACGAAAUCUAUGCAAGUGAUUCUCCGGAUUCUGCAGGGGCUGUAUCGGCCCACUUGCCCGCGCCUCUUUCUCGGGUUCUGUGGAAUGCCCACCACGUCGCCUCCAACGGCGGCCGGGUGCUCACGAGAGAGAAGGCCGCUUUGCGCCGCGUCGACCAUCUCUACGAGGAAGCUUCGGAAGCCCCCGCCGUUCAGACUAAGCGUGCCCCUGCUCUUCGGUUCCACUUCCUUCAGAUCGGCGCCGGCAAAGCCAGCUUGCUUCGCUCAUCUCCGUUCUUCAGGCUGGUCUAUCAGUUCGCCCGAGUGUUUGCAAUUGAGAGCCCCGAGUUCGCAAAAGGUGACAGCGAAGAGAGGCACGUAAAUUUUCACUACGUCAUUUAUACGGUGGAAAUGGGCCGCUUGAUGCUUCAAUCUUGGGAUGGCGCGAACUGGACCACAGUGUGGUCACCGCCUGGUGGCCAGGGCCGUGUCUGGAAUCGAGCUGACGUACGAUUGUCGGAUGAUGCGCAAGCAUUGCGCUUCCUCGGGAUCACGAGGAACGGUUAUGAAAGCGAGGUGGCGGUGGCUUUAGCUGUAGAUUCGCUGCAGACGUCCAAUGUCUCUUCAACGCCCACCGAAUUGCCGAACUACGAUACGGUGGCCUGCAGCUUUGAGGCCGACUUUUGCAGCUGGAGAGCCAUGAACGACCAGGCUUGGAUGCGGAGAACUGGCACGACACCAAGCACUGGCACAGGACCCUCAGGAGCAUUCGAUGGUGCCCACUACAUAUACGUAGAGGCGACUUUGCCGAAUCAUCCCAACAAGGAGUUUGUGCUGGAAAGUCCCAUUUUCAGAAAGGGUGACGGUGCAGCGAGAUAUGUAUAUUUCCACCACCACAUGUACGGGUUCCACAUGGGCCAGCUGACACUGCAAUUCUGGCACGGCAUGCUUUGGACCACAGUAUGGUCGCUAUCCGGAAACCAGGGCGACAGAUGGCAUGAUGCUCUCGUGAGACUGCCGGAUGAUGCACAAGCACUUCGCUUCCUGGGGAUGACCGGGACAGGAUUCGAGAGCGAUAUAGCAAUAGACAAGGUGCAAGCAGCCGCGGCAGUUCCCAUCGUUGAAUGCAGCUCUCCGGCUGCUGCAUGCAACUGGACAUCCACGGCCACCGUUGACCAGGUCAGCGAAGUGGUCCUGGAGUUCUAUAUCAACAGCUGCAGCAACAACAUAGAUGGCACGUACUAUUUGCAGGGUCAGACACGCAGUGGACGGGCCUACUACAAGCAAUCUGACAACCUGUACUUGUACCACGACCCCAGCUGUGAUGGCAACUGGGAUUCGCCACAGUGGAUUUUCGACAACAACAUUCCAUCGCUCACUGCUUCCCAAGAUCUGGACGGAGAUGGAAGGUGCACCUAUUGGAGCCUCGCUUACAGCGACGAUGUUACGACCAAGACAUUUUAUGACGGGUUCUACUUGACUGCGAUGUAUGUCACCGACCGUGGCGAUCCAAAGGAAUUCCAUUUGCAGAGCCCCUCUUAUUCCUGGGGCUCUGGUAUAUAUUUUGACUACCUCAUGUACAGCCUGGACAGUGACUUCGGCAGCUUGCAGCUACAGGCUUGGGAUGGUCAGGACUGGACUGCUGUCUGGUCACUCUUUGGCAGUCGGGGGAAUUCUUGGCAUCAAGGCGCGGCACAUAUCCCCUCCACCAGCACGGGCUUACGUUUUCAAGGAUCCCUGGAAGCGUGGAAAACCGGAGACUUGGCAGUUCGGGCAUUCCGCACAGCUGUCGCGCUGGAGGACCUGGCUUGUGAGGACUUUCAGGUCAACAGCUUUUGGUUAGAGCCUGUCAUAGAGCCCGGCACUGUUGGUCCCAGCAGGGCCAUGUGGAGAGUGGUGCACAUCGGUUUGGAAGCCAGGGGCGCCGAGAGCCAUACAGCUAUACUUGACAGUGCUCAGAUCCGCAACGUGAGUUCCGAGGCCGCGUUUUUUCUCAGCUUCCAACUGGUGGGACCCACGGCAGCCCUGGAGGUGCAGCAGCUCACCGAGAACGGUUGGACGCAUCUCCAGACCACAGCUAUCGCCUCCUUUGGUUCCUGGCAGCAGCUCACGGGCCCGAUCUCGGUGCAAACACAGUCACUGCGACUGCUGGCGACCAUGAACAGCACGACAGAUCUGGUGAAGAUCCGCUCCUUCCAGUUAGAAGCGGCGCAAUUUGCACACAGCCUCGAGGAUGCCGGGUGCGACUUCGAGGAAGGGUUUUGCAAAUGGACAGAGGAGGGCUGGCAGCGAGACGGCCAGGCAUUCGCCUCUGCAUGGCAGGACUGGAUGACUGGUACAGCUACAGAGGUGCUCUUGACAAGUCCGCUUCUCCCAAGUGCCGACGUGGCCUACCUCGCCUUUGCCUUCUGGAUGUCAGGGUGGGCACCCAGUCUGCGGGUGGAGAUGUGGAGCAAUGGCCUUUGGCAGGAGAGCUGGUCCGAGGUCGGCCAGCGAGGGGUGGGUUGGCAGCAAGUCAAGCUGCGCUUGCCAGCAACAGUUAAUCGUGUGCGCCUCAGGGGCUAUAUGCCCGCUUACAGUUCCUCCGACAUCGCAGUUGACGAUGUCAUUCUGUAUUCUCACGAGCAUGCCAUGCCGGCAGCCAUGGUCCUAGUUGCUGGGCACAAUCAUCAGUGCGCUCUGGCUUUCGGACAGCUCAAAUGCUUUGGGAGGAACAGCGAGGGGCAGUUGGGCUAUGGCAGUUCCGACGACGUAGGCGAUGACCAGGAAGAGGUCGGUCUGCAACUGCCGGUGGUGGACGUUGGGGGUACGGUCUUACAGGCCUGUGGCGGAGCUUGGCACACCUGCGCGGUUCUUCAAGGUGGCUCCCUGAAGUGUUGGGGGUUGAACUUUGAUGGACAGAUAGGUUCUGGAACCACGGCUACCCUCGGUGAUGAUCCCAACGAGAUGGGGGACUGGCUGCCUGCUGUCGAUCUGGGCAAUGGCACAAAGGCGAGCCAGGUUUCCUGUGGCGCCUGGCACACCUGCGUUCUACUCUAUGACGGUGCCAUCAAGUGCUUCGGGUAUAAUGGUGAUGGGCAGCUGGGCUUAGGAGACAGCAUGCCGGGACCUCAGCUUAGAGAAGGAAGGAACCGUGGAGAGCAGAGCUGGCAGAUGGGAGAUGCGCUGCCCGGUUUGGAUCUGGGCAGUUUCAGAGCAACCCAGGUCACCGUGGGUCCCUACACUUCAUGCGCCCUUUCCUCUGAGGGGGUGGUUUGCUGGGGACGGCAGCUCCCUAGUAUGGAAAUUGUCCGCAACGUUUCUUCGCUUCCGACCAUCGGCUUCGAGCUGGAGGCGACGCAGAUCGCAGCAGGCACAGCGCAUGUUUGCGUCCGUCUGGCAGACGGACGCAUGCGAUGUUGGGGUGACAAUACAUACGGUCAGCUUGGUCUUGGUGACACCGUGAGUCGGGAGGUCCACGAGGCAGCGGAUGUUGACCUCGGCUUUCCGACGACACAGAUCUUUGUGGGUCCGCAUCAUUCCUGCGCAAUCUUGCAGAAUGAGAGAACCCUGUGCUGGGGUCGCAAUAGCAAUCGGGAGCUUGGGCGAGGCACUGCAAUCCCUGUCUACGAAAGCCCCGGACAGGUGCUCGUUGGAAAGGUGGAAAGCCUGUCGAUGGGCGAUGGGCACAGCUGCUUUGUGCAGAGCGGAGGCGCCAUCUCCUGCUUCGGUGCGAAUUUCUAUGGCCAGUUAGGGGUGCCGGUGGGCGAGGAGUCGGCAGAGGAUGGAGCAGCAGUGGUGCCCCGGCUUUUCAGGACUCGGACUCCAAGGGCCGAAGGCUUGGAGUCCAUUCGCUUGUCGGGAGGCUCCAGGACCUGGGGCUUCCUCGAAGUGCUGCGUGAGGGCACUUGGUCACCGGUUUGCGAUGAUGGCUUUGAUGCGGCGGCGGCCAUCGUGGCUUGCAAG